CAAAGAUCACUGCUGCAUGUUAGCAAUGGAAACAUCUUCAGUCCUCCUUGUGUGCAUCCUGGUGACAUGUUCAGUCUGGACAGUUUGUGGAAGAAGCUUUGUGGUAAACAUUGAUGAUCAGGAGCAGGUGGAGGUAGAAAUCUCCACGGAGGCCGGCAAGAUUCCAGGUGUGUGCUGGGCAUGCAAGUGGGCUUUAAAAAAGAUCAAGAAAAUCAUUGGAAAAAACACCACCUCAGAGGAGGUGAAGUCAAAGUUGAACGCCGUCUGCAAUGAAAUUGGCCUCUUAAAAGAUCUGUGCCGCAAAUUUGUGAAAAAACACCUCGGAGAAUUGAUUGAGGAGCUCACAACCAGUGAUGAUGUGAGGACGAUCUGUGUGAACACCAAAGCCUGCAAGCCAAAGGAGCUGUCUCACCUGAUCUUUUAUCCAGGAGACGAAGAUUCACAGGCUGAAAUUUAUGAUUUUUCCUGAUGUUAUACACAUGAAUAAAAAUCAAACUCUGCAUUUAAUUCGUAAGAAAAAACAUUAACUAUGUGUGCUUUGUGGUAGUGAGUGACUGGCCACACACACAGUGAUUAGAAGCAUUUGAUCAAAAAUCAUUUUCAGCUUUCUUUUAAUCGUAGCAUUUACUCUGUGUUGCACUUUGUCUUGUACAAUGACUUAGUUUUCAGUGCACAUGAUUUUAAUAAAUGUUUGCAUUUCAAAUUU